AGUUCGAUAAGAUAUAUAUUUAAUAAUAACAAAACAAUUGUUUCUCUAGUUACAAAUACUCUUUUAAUCUUAUUAUAAUUUAAAUAUUUCUAUAAAGAAAUCUUGUAAUUAAUUAGUAAAAUAAAAGUAUAUGACGCAUUAUAAUUUGAUUUUAAUUUAUAAAUAUCUUAAAUAUGGAUAGAUAUAUAAUCACAGGAAAAAUUGGAAAAGGAGCACAAGGUGUUGUUUUAAAAGCACAUGAUUUGGAAACAGAAAAAAAUGUUGCAUUAAAAAAAUUAUUCUUAAAAAAUAUUGACAAUGGUAUAUCUACAUCUAUUAUUAGAGAAAUAAAAAUUUUGCAACAAUUAAAACAUCUCAAUAUUAUAGAGUUAUUAGAUGCUUUUCCUGCUGGUUUAGAUUUUAUAAUGGUCUUUGAAUAUAUGCCAACAGGAUUAUGGGAAAUAAUAAAAGAUAAUGAUAUAUUAUUAACUCCAGUUCAAAUAAAAAUUUAUAUAAAGAUGAUUUUAGAGGGCAUUGCAUAUAUACAUGGAAAAAAUAUAAUACAUAGAGAUCUAAAACCUGCUAAUUUAUUAAUAAAUGAGAAAGGUAUUCUAAAAAUUGCUGAUUUUGGUUUAGGGAGAUUGUUGUGGAAAAAUGUAACAAAGCCAUAUUCACAUCAAAUUGCCACUAGAUGGUACAGAGCACCUGAAUUAUUAUAUGGUGCACGAUAUUAUACGUCAGCUAUUGAUAUGUGGUCUAUUGGUUGCAUUUUUGGUGAAUUACUUAAUAAAUCUCCAUUAUUUCCUGGUGAAACAGAUAUUGAGCAGUUAGCAAUUGUUUUAAAAUAUUUAGGUUCACCUACAUCAGAAACCUGGCCAGAUUUAAGUAUAUUACCUGAUUAUAACAAAAUUACAUUUCCAUAUCAUAAAGGAAUAACUUGGGAAAAAAUUAUUGAAGAUUCUGAACCAGAAGCUAUUGAUUUAAUUAGUAAAAUACUUAUUUAUAAUUCAUCAAAACGCUUAUCAGCUAGUGAAGCACUACGUCAUAUAUAUUUUCAUGUCAAACCUUAUACUUCUUCAAAAUAUUUGAUAAAACCACAAACUAAUCAUCGUUAUCAAAUAAGACAAAAAGAAAUUAAUACAAAUAUCCAACCUACUAUACUAUUUAAAAAUCUAUUAAAUAUCACAAUAAAUAUUUAAUUUAAUAAAAAAUGUAUAGAAAUACAUAUUAUAUAUAA